AUGCAUACAAGAAUCAUCGAGACCGCUGGGGAUAGUGAGGUUUUGCUCGUUGAAGCCUUAAAUGUAAAUGAUGAAAUUCAGAAACUCCUAUCCAAGUACGAAGAAAUAAAUAAAUCUUCUGGGAUUCCCCAGGAGCCAGAACCUGCAAUGAUACCUAUUGUUGUUGAGCCUCAUGAUUUGCCUCGCUUAGGCAAAGGAGAGGUCCUGAUACGAAAACUAGUGGGCUCUCGUGCUGGAGGCCUAGUAUGGAGUAAUGAUGACAUGAUGGAUGAUCUUGACGAGAUGAUCUUUGGUAAGAAAGCAGGUGGGACAUCUGAAGUGGGGCAUGAUACAAAAAAGCAGCAAUCAUCACCAAAAGAUGAUCUGAUCAGUUUUUGA